AUGCUCAAAAAAGGAGACUACGUCGUGGACGUCGUGGACGUAGAAAAGUGUGAGCCCCAUACCAGUCAGGUGGUCACCACUGGAUUUUCAGAUUUUAAUGAUAAACUCGAUAUUGAAAAAUAUGGCCAGACAGAAAGACGACUUUCGUCCAGACAUGUAGCGUUGAUGAUCAUUGGCCAAUCCAUAGGUACUGGAUUAUUCAUAGGAUUGGCUACCCCCUUACAAACUUCCGGGUCACUUUCGCUUCUUCUUGGAUUUUUAUGGUGGUCUUGUUUGUGCAUCUGGCCAUUGAUGCAAUGUGUGGCAGAAAUGUGUUCUUAUUUGCCAAUUAAAGGAACUUUUAUUCAUUUUGCCGCCAGAUGGGUGGACCCAGCGCUUGGGUUUGCUUGUAGUAUUAUCUACAUUUACACAUCGUUGAUGUUUGUGUGCCUUGAAGCUACGGCGGUGGCUUCCGUGGCCAGCUACUGGACCGAUGUCAGUCCUGCGGUUUUCAUUAUUGUUUCGCUUGUUUUGUUUGCAUUUUUCAACGUGUUCGGUGUCAAUUGGUACGGAGAAGUUGAGUUUGUUUCGUCAAUGCUCAAGGUGCUUUUGAUCGUUGGGUUGAUGUUUUUUGGUUUAAUUUCCAUGUGCGGAGGAAACCCUCAAAAAGACGCUUAUGGCUUCCAGCAUUGGAAGGAGGGUGGUCUUAUGAAACCGUACUUGGUAGGCGGCUCUACAGGCAAGUUUCUUGGGUUGUGGAAUGUUCUUAUCUACGCAGCUUUUGCCUGUGGAGGUCCAGAUCUUUUGGCUAUGAUUGCCGGUGAAGUUACUCAUCCACGAAAAGUGAUCCCCUUGGCAGGAAGAAGAGCGUAUAUCCGGAUCUAUUUGUUCUACUUUGGUGGUAUUUUCUUCAUGAAUACCCUCUGUGCUUCCAACAAUCCUACCCUCGUUGCUGCUUCCGCAGCUGGUAAAGCCGGUGCUGCUGCUUCUCCCUGGGUUAUUGGUAUCAAAUCUGUGGGUGUACAUGGGCUCGACGAUAUGGUGAACGCCGUUAUUAUGACGGCUGCUUGGUCUUGUGGGAAUGGGUUUGCUUACGGUGCCAUUAGAUGUACCUAUAGUGCAUCUUUGGCAGGUUAUCUUCCUCGGUUUUUUUCCAAAUGCUUGAAGAAUGGAGCUCCCAUUUACUGUGUGUUUCUCACCGUCGCUGUGGGCUGCUUGGCUUUCUUGAGUGUUUCCAAAUCCACAGCUACAGUUUUCAACUGGUUUGUCAACUUGGCUACCACCGGAUUAUUAUGCGCUUACUUGGUGCUUUGGGCAUGCUACUUCAAGUUUAGAAAGGCUAUUGAAGCCCAAGGAAUCAGCUACAAGAACGAAAUGUACUUCCAUGCUCCACGGUUUGUUCACCCUAUGAUGACAUACUACGGAGUAUUUUUCAAUGUGGUUGUGCUUUUCUUUAACGGGUUCUGGAUAUUUUUCCCCGGACAAUUCAGCGUUGCAAACUUGUUCACCUCAUACUUUGCUCCAGUAUUCAUGUGUGUGUUGUACUUUGGAUGGAAGUUCGUGAAGAAGACACACAUAAGAACGGCUCUCGAAGCAGAUAUAACUACUGGAAAGGCUGAAAUUGACGAAGAAGAGCUUUUGGAGCUUGAAGAAGACCAGAAACAUCCUCGCAAGACGGGACUUGCAUGGAGAAUAUGGUAUGCUGUGUCGGACUUUUGCUUUAACUGA